GUGUGCUGGACUUACCCUCAGUGUGCGCUCCACUAUGGACCGCAAAAGGGAUGACUGGCACAGGACAAAAAGGGGAAGGAAAAACUUCAUGCUGCAGAAUGAUGGAUGACUGGAGAACUAUGCUGCACAUCCUUGAGGAGCCAGGGAUGCGAAGGGAAGGAGAAAGGCUUCGAACUUUUUGUAGCUGGCCAGCAGAUGCACCUGUCACAUCUGGGGACCUGGCGAAGGCAGGCUUCUUCUUUCUUGGGCCGGAUGAUAAAGUUCAGUGUUUCUGCUGUGGAGGGAUUCUACGAUGCUGGGUACACGGGGACAGCCCAGCGGCCGAGCACAAGAGGCAUUUCCCUGCUUGCAGUUUCAUCCUGGGCCGAGCUGUGGGAAAUGUUCCACUCCAAGUUGGCUCAUCCGACUCUGUGGAUGGCCAGCUGUUGAGUCAGCUCCAGAGGAUGACGAUGGAGGACCAGGGAACUGCUGGACAAGCUGUGUACCCAGAAAUGGAGGGGGAGGACUCUCGGCUCACCACUUUCCACAACUGGCCCACAGAGGCCUCGGUUCAGCCAGAUGUUCUCGCCAGAGCAGGAUUCUUCUACACAGGUCAUGGUGACAACGUCAAGUGCUUCUACUGUGAUGGAGGACUGAGGAACUGGGAGCCAGGCGACGACCCCUGGCAGGAACAUGCCAAGUGGUUUCCACGAUGUGAAUUUCUAAUUCAGUCUAGAGGGCAGGAGUACAUCAGCAACAUCCAAGAUGCUCAUUUCCAUCUGGGUGAGACUGUGGGAGGAUCACAGACCUCCACAGGCAGAGACAUCGCCUCCAGAAACGAUAUGGUGGGAGGUCUGGCAGCUUCAUCUGCAAUGCUCUCUCCUGUGGUACAAACUGUGCUCCAGAUGGGUUUCGAAGCCAACCUGGUGGAGAGUCUGGUCCAGACCAAGUACCUCCUGACCGGCCAGCACUACACAUCUGUAUCUGACCUGGUUACAGAUGUGCUGCAAGCCGAGGAGGAGGACAGACAGAGGGGCCUGCAGACCAGAGAGUCGGAGACGAGGCCGGGCUCUGGUGCAGGAAAUGUGCGGACGCCAGCAUCCAUCAGAGAGAGAGUGAAAGACCCCAGUCCAGAGGAGCUGCUGAGGCAGCUGCAGGAGGAGAGGACCUGUAAAGUAUGCAUGGACAAGCAGGUGUCCAUCGUCUUCAUCCCCUGUGGUCACCUGGUGGUUUGUGGCGAUUGUGCUGCCAGCCUGCGUCACUGCCCCAUCUGCAGGGCUGUCAUCAGAGGCAGCGUCCGGGCUUUCAUGUCAUGAGGGCUGCAGUGAAAAAAGGCCUGUACAGGUGUUGAACGAGUGGCCUCGACUUUUCCUCUACACUCAACUCCCCUGGUGCUCAUAAGAA